UGGAGGCGGGGCGGCGCUGGGCGGACCGGGUGCGGGCGGGAGGCGGCGAGAGGCGGAGGAGCCGUUCCGCGGGCAGCAUGGGCAACUGCCACACGGUGGGGCCCAACGAGGCGCUGGUGGUGUCAGGUGGCUGCUGUGGCUCCGACGUGAAGCAGUAUGUGUACGGCGGCUGGGCCUGGGCCUGGUGGUGCAUUACGGACACACAGAGACUGUCUUUGGAGGUUAUGACCAUCCUCUGUCGCUGUGAGAAUAUUGAGACGUCGGAGGGGGUCCCACUGUACGUAACAGGGGUUGCACAGGUGAAGAUAAUGACCGAGAAGGAGCUCCUGGCUGUGGCCUGUGAGCAGUUCUUGGGGAAGAACGUGCAGGAUGUGAAGAACGUGGUCCUUCAGACACUGGAGGGGCAUCUGCGCUCCAUCCUAGGCACCCUGACAGUGGAACAGAUCUACCAGGACAGGGACCAGUUUGCCAAGCUGGUGCGAGAGGUGGCAGCUCCAGACGUGGGUCGCAUGGGUAUCGAGAUCCUGAGCUUUACCAUCAAGGAUGUCUAUGAUAAAGUGGAUUACCUGAGCUCCCUGGGAAAGACUCAGACUGCGGCUGUCCGAAGAGAUGCAGACAUUGGUGUGGCAGAAGCUGAGCGGGAUGCUGGCAUUCGGGAGGCAGAGUGCAAGAAGGAAAUGCUGGAUGUCAAGUUCAUGGCAGAUACUAAAAUAGCAGAUUCCAGGCGUGCCUUUGAACUGCAGAAAGCUGCCUUCACUGAGGAGGUCAACAUUAAGACAGCUGAGGCCCAGCUGGCCUACGAGCUCCAGAGUGCCCGGGAGCAGCAGAAGAUCCGCCAGGAGGAGAUAGAAAUCGAGGUGGUGCAACGCAAGAAGCAGAUCGACGUGGAAGAGAAGGAGAUCAUCCGGAAGGAGAAAGAGCUGAUAGCCACUGUGAAGCGGCCGGCGGAGGCCGAAGCUUACCGCAUCCAGCAGAUCGCCGAGGGGGAGAAGGUAAGGCAAGUCCUCCUGGCUCAGGCGGAGGCAGAGAAGAUCCGCAAGAUCGGAGAAGCUGAGGCCUUUGUGAUUGAGGCCAUCGGGAUGGCAGAGGCCGAGAGGAUGAAGCUGAAGGCCGAAGCGCUCCAGAGCUACGGGGAAGCUGCCCAGCUGGCUCUGGUGCUGGAUGCACUGCCUGAGAUUGCUGCCAAAGUGGCUGCUCCGCUCUCCAGGGUGGAUGAGAUCGUUGUUCUCAGCGGGGAGAGCAGCAAUGUGACAUCUGAGGUGAACCGCCUGCUGGCCGAGAUCCCCGCCUCCGUGCGUGCCAUCACCGGUGUGGACCUCACAAAGAUUCCCCUGAUCCAGAAAGCCACUGGGACCCAGGCAUGAGACCCAAAGCGUGUGAAGAUCACUCCCUGUUAUGCACUCCGACAUCAACUGCCUUCAACACUUGGGAAUUCCUUUUAUAUCAGAGACAAUUGGAGUUUCAUUUUUAAGCUCUGGUGCCUUAUUUUGUAGGGCCAGAAAGAUGCAUGUUCAAUCAGCCGCUCUUUUUUGUUACAAAGGGUGGGAGGAGAUUUAUUUUCUAACUAAUUGUAUAUUGUAUCCAGCCGGUGUUUGGCUCUGAUCCACGGUUAGGACUGGCAGCUUGUCUGGUGUUGCUGUUCUCUGUCCUCAGGAGCUCGCAGCAGGGGCUCAGCAAGAUGUGUGCAGGCACCAGGACCUGCUCUGGGCUCCCUGCCCUCCCACUGCAACCCUAUGGGGCGCUGCCCAGACCCCUGCUGCUGCCCACAAGCUGGGUUUGUGGUUGGCUUUCCACAUGUUUGUCUUGCCUGCAGCCUGGGCACGGCUUCCCAGAGGUGGCAGUCCUGGUUGGGUGAUGCUGGGGCACUGCCGGGGCUCAGUGCCAUCUUGCCUUCCCUCAGGGAAUUUCCUGCUGGCCUCUUGCUCAGCCCUGAGCCGGGUCCCUCGGUGCCGCGCUGCUCCCCACCCUUAGGCUCCCUGACCUCAAGGAGCGCUGCAAGGCGGCCGAGCUGCAGAAAUCCCAAAAAGCAGCGCUGUGCCAAAGCUGUUUGAUCAUCCCAGAGGGAGGCAGCCACCCAGGCUGCUGUCCCUGAGUGCCACCGUGCCUCUCAGCUCUGCUAGCAGAGCAAGGGCCUGAGCGGCAUGGGACGGCACGGGGCACUGCGGUGGGGACACUCUCCUCCUGCAGCACUCCUGCAAACCCCCACCCACCUGGCAGCCCACGGCUUUGCUGUCCCCAGAGAUGCUGUGAAAAGGCUGUCCCCUCUGUGUCCCCUGCAGUGCCACCAGGAGCGGGCACUGACCUUCGCCCUCUCUGUGUCUGUCCUGCUGCCUGUGUUUGCUGUGGCUGUGCCUAAAAACGUUUGCAAGGAGCUGGUGGGAUGGGGAGGGGGGUCCCAACUUUGUGCAUCCGGUGCCACAGCUCAGUGUCACCCUCUUUGCAGAGGGGUGGCUGCUGGGUGCAGAGACCCAGGCCCACUUUGCCCUGGCAGUGCCGCUGGUGCUGCAGUGUCACCUCCCUACUCCUGUACAGGAGGGGCCAGGCCUUAUCAGCCCCCAGCUUGUGGCUGCCAACCCUGAUCUGGUGCUUGCUGAUGGGUGUGCCGGGCAAGGCUCCCUAUCUCAGUGUGUGUGCAUGCCUGCACCGUGUCACUGCUGUGCGAUAAUAAAGCCUGUCACCUCGUG